GGGCGUUCCAUCGUGAUCGCAGCUUGUCAGGUUAAGCGGACUUCAUCGCGCCCAAUUUGGGCUUCGCGCCCCGCCUCGCGACCAAUCGAGAGCUUACAUGCAUACGCUAAGGUUACAACCGAAGCCAGCCCCCAGCAACCCAUGACCGAUCUCAUCGUGUACUGUACACUAUGUGCAUAACUUGUACAGUACAUGCAUUGUGGAAUCCAGGGGGUUGGGUAAGGGGGGAGAGAAUUCGGGCGUUGCCGCCCACGGCAACGACCCAUGGCGCAAGGAGCCUUGCCGCGUCCCGCUUUCUCGGCUGACUUUGGUAGCGCGCAGAAAUCCUGAGAACAUGGUGGUACUCCGUAUUUCGAGCGCCCAUUUCGUCCUCCAGGAACGACCCUUUUUUUGGUCCGACCAGGCCUGAUCUCAGUUCUCGACAGUGAGCGUUCUGCGAGCGCGGGAGUUGCGCCCAAGCGGCCGACGGAAUUUGAUGGAUCCAAACAACAGCCAAAACAACCCCACCCAUAGGGCUGAAGUCGCACCAGGAGACACCGCUGGUGUUCCCGCUGGUGCUGUUGCUGCUGCUGCCGCCGCGGCCGCGGCCGUUGCCGUUGGCCACGUUCAAGCCAAGGACUUCUCGGCAACAGCUUCCGGUGACAGUGCCACCAUAAAGGAACACACAAACCAGGCUCGCCAAAGCCCAGGAAACCAGCCUGCUCCGGCCAGUUCGGCCGACGACGACACAGGACCCCGCUUUGUGGCAGUCGACGGCGAUGUGGGCGGCCCCGGUCCCAAUGAAACCUUUGUCGAUGUUAUCGCAGUGCCUUGUCCGGGUGCUGACCCGAUCGAUACCUGGACCGUUGGCGUCGAGCCUUGGUCUAACACCAGCAACCCCAGCGAUGCUGGAUCACGCAGUUCGUUGUACAGACCUGGCCCGUGGGUCACAAGGAACUUGCGCAAGGCAGCUAGCAUUGCGAGAGUCUUUCUCUACAGGCAUCGCUCACUAGAGAAUGGCAUGACUCUGAGGUCGUUGGCAAGAGAUCUGUUGGACAAGGUGGAACAGAUCCGUAAUGUGUCUAUCGCGCGGCCUCUAUUCUUCGUCGGCCAUAGUAUUGGUGGCUUAGUCGUCAAGGAGGCAUUAGUCUUGGCCAAAGGGUCUCCCCAAUACCGGACGAUAGUGGACAACUGCUACGGUGUUAGUUUCUUCGGCACGCCGCACAGGGGUUCGAGUUACAUGUCCAUGAAGAACCUUAAGGAGAGUAUCCGAGAGCUUCUUCGCCUACAAGCACCCCUUCCUCGGUCGUUGACGGAUGAAAUUAACGUCCGAAAUACGGCCUUAACUGAUCUCCAUGACCAGUUUGUGGACAUGGCGAGCGAGUUUCGCCUCUGGUCAUUUUACGAAACUCGGGAGUCGUUGCUUUCAGGCUCAGCUGGAUUCUCCAAUGAGGUGCAGUUCGGAGUCCCGUUGGUAUCGGUCAAGUCUGCACUUCUCGACGUCUGGCAGGAAGACGUCUUUGCAGUCGACAGCGAUCAUGCCCACCUCGCUUCGUUUGGGCCGACCAACGUGCGCAUCAUGGACUCGUACCUCGCUGAUUUCGCCCAGGCCAUUGAGAGAGCAGCGAAACUUAGCCUCGCCCAUCCUCACACGCCGCUUCAUUUGAGGUCGCUCGUCAAGGUUGAGGUCAUUGGUUUUUACGAGGACCCAGACGCGGUGUUGGCAUCCCCUCGGCAGCAGCAAGGCGGAGAGAAUGGCUCCGUCAUCCGCCUCUAUUCCACGAAAUACCCUUACAAGGAGUUCCUCAAAAAGGGGCCAGAUCGUUGCCUCGCCGAACGGCUCCUCAAAGGACAUAAGAGGCGGCCUAGCCAGCGAAGCAUUGGCGAUGACGCCGAGGAAGAGCGCUCGACUCGACAGCCCAGGGAAGAGCAUGCCGUGCCCAGCCUCCCGCGUCAUCAGACUGAUGCGACGCAAAGCAGCGACUCGCCAGAGAUUGUCAUCACGAGUCCGCUAGAAAGACCACCGCUGCUGAGGGUACCGGCCCAGUCAGAACCGAGCGUUCGCCCCUCGAGCCCCGAGAGCGAGGCGAGUGUCAGCACCACCGUGUCAGAUCCAGUUCUGCCGUUUAGCCACAAUUUUACCGAAGAGGACGCCCACACUAUUGACUUGCUAGCUAAACAGCAGGCGAAGCUGCUGAUGAAGGAGCAUGGACUCUCCGCCACCGCUGGUUUCUCCAGGCCUAGUCCAUCGCUGAGAAAGUUCAUGUGGGUCCAUACGCCGUUCAACAAUCCCGUCUGGGUCAAGGAAAUCUUUGCUACUCUGUCAAGGACUCAAGGGUUGGAUUUCUCGCGGCUCUUUGAUUACGAUAAUUGGGUGUCGAAGCAGGUCCAGAACCGAAAUUCCGACUCGCAGCCUGCGUAUCUCAAAGCAACCUGCAAGUACCUCUCGGCUGCAGACCGUCCGGGCUCGCCUCGGAUCCCUUCGCCUCGGUUCAGCCCUCCCAAUAUGGGAAUCACGCCCAACUGCUUCUACCUCUACCUCCCUUAUCUUCACUUUGAUACGUAUCACAGCAUGGUCCGUCGUCGAAAACUGAUCGCGAAGCGCCGGAGCCAUGGGAGAGCAAAGCCUGUGCCCAAAUGGGUCGAGGAGGAGAACCUCGAGCUCAAGAUGAUCUGGGAGUAUAUUGGGUUCGACCCACCCUUGAAUUGCCGACGGACCUUGGACCAGUUCGGACACGGCUCCCUGAGAGACACCCAUUCGCGGGACGAUGACCAGAUGCUGUACAAGCUCACCAAGAAGGACACUCAUUCCCCAUGGAAGCAGAUGGGAGAUUGUAGCUCAACACGAUCGCUCGCUGGGCACCCCCUGGAUUCUCCGAGGGAGUCCUCGUCAAGCCUCUAUAGUGACGCAGAUGCUGAGAUUGGGGCGGAUCCCGGGUCCGAGCUCAAGGAUGGUCCUGUCCUUAUGGUCGACCAGUUAUGGCUCUGGUCUAUCGACAUGAACACCUUGGUAACGUUUUUCUCCAAGCGAGAAUCAAGCCCAACCGAGGGGACGCUUUUCCAGCAGGCGGAUCUGCGAAGCAGCGUCUACAACGAGCUGAAUGGCGAUCUAACGGGAAGAACUGAAAACACUCUGGACCUCGCGGCGUUGAUCGUGUGGCACGCCGUGACUGUUCUUCUCGACCGAUCCACGCACCCUGAUCUCGAGGUAUUCCGCAUCUUUGACGAGGCCAUCGGUAUGCUGGCGGAGAGGAUGACCCUGAACAUGAAACAAUUCCGGAUUAACGCUCUUCACUUGGAUGCCGGGGAUGAUGAUGACGAGUCGGACGAUUCGGACAUGGAGGCGGAGAGCCCGUCAGCAAUUAAGAAGCGGCACAGGCGCGAGCUUGAACGAGCGGAACGUGAAAAUAGGGAAAACACAUCAGCACUGCUAGAACUACGCGACCUAGAAGACGAGUUGACGACACUCCAGAAGCUCUUUGAGAUGCAGGACUCGACCGUUCGCCAGAUGAAGGAAAUAUAUACGAGCAAGGAGUUCAACGAGGUUACCAAGGCUGGGCAGGAACACCUCGAUGAGGCGCUCGACUAUCUGGACGAUUUCAGGCAGCAGACCGCGGAGAUGCUCAGGAGAGUGGAAGUCACGAGGAACGAUUACGAGAAAAUGCUUGAGAUGGCACAGCGUCAAGCGCAGGUCGACGAGGUCCGCUGGUCGCGUCUGCAAGCCGAACUUGCAUCGAGCCAAAACCUUUCAGUCAUGAUCUUCACCACGUUCACCGUCAUCUUUUUGCCCCUGACCUUCUUUACCGGGUUGUUUGGCAUGAAUACGACCGAGUGGCAGGACGAGAAUAUUCCCAGCCUGAAGGAGAUUGGUGCUAUCUCGCUCCCAGCAUCGUUUCUGCUGAUCGUGUUGUCGCUGGUGGCGGCCUUCAGCUGGCGCGUGCAGAGCGCCUUUAAAACGACGUACAAGGGAAUCAAGACGUCGUGGAAGGUGCUCAAGGGUCUAUACUCCGAGCGACUGGAGCCGACGUGGAGGAAGGAGGCCAAGAGAAGAAAGAGGGAAGAAAAAAGGAGGCGGCACAAGGAGCAGAUGAUGGCGCCGGACGACCAGAGCUACGACUUCUGGGCCAUGGUCAAGAGGCAGCAGAGAGCGGUGAGGACGCAGAUCCCGAUACAAAACGUCAACGGGUCGCCGACGGGGGAUGACUGGAUGAAGCGGAAGAUGUUAUGAGAUAUCAGCUGCCACGUUAGCCCAUAUAAUAGGCUCUUUGGAUGGGAUGCCGACGGCCUCUGGACGCUUGGAACGGACUGCGUCUACGAACGAGGCUGCGAGGACACCUCGUUUAUCAUGCAGCAGGUGUUUUGUUCCCACGUCGAUAUUUAUUUUACCCUGUUGACAGAUUCCAUUCCUUUCGAACCCAAAAAGGAAGGCAGCCCAACACGUGCUUACCCAAGUAUAUCUUUGCCAGACGUGCUUAAUGUGCAUACCACUCCUUCCCUCCCUGU